GUCGAGCCAAGUUUUUGGAUAGCAAGGUUGACCGUAUUGCUUCGGACUAUACGGCCAACAGGGCAAAGAGGUGCCGCGGUCAUCAUUCGUUAAUUAGUUUAUUAGGACACUAGAAGACAUAUUUUGCAACUUCUUCACAGUCCAAGUAUCAAAAUUUUGGCAGUCGCAUCGUGAUAUCUGUUAGACUUCUCUCGAUUGUCCUUCUGUGAUUUCUCCACACCUCACAAACACGUCUGAUCGGCAAACCAUAUCUUAGAACCAUGUCUCGGGUAUCCCAAGAUGGUAUCGCUCUUGAUAUCUUCGGCCAGAUGCCAGCCACAGUCCACUCAUAUACGGGGAUCACCUUAUGUUUUCCCUUAUUAGACGGCUCGCAACAUCCCGCCGUUGUCAGCACUUUGACUGCUGGUCUCGAGCGUUUAUCGGCGAGCUUCCCCUGGGUUGCUGGUCAAGUAACCAAUGAGGGAUCUGGAGAGGAUAACUCGGGUAUCUACAAGAUUACACCAUUCGAGAAUAUACCCCGUUUAGUCGUCAAGGAUCUACGACAAGAUGGCUCUAUGCCGACAAUGGGGGCUCUCAGGGAUGCGAAUUUCCCUAUGAGUAUGCUUGACGAACUUGUCAUUUCUCCACGAGCUACAAUCUCCCUUAGGCCACCAGAAAACGACCCAGUGCUUCUAAUUCAAGCCAACUUCAUAACCGGGGGUCUCCUGUUGACAUUUUCGGCGAAUCACAAUGCCAUGGACAUGGCUGGUCAGGCGCAAGUGCUUCAUCUGCUCUCAAAAGCUUGCCGAAACGAGCCUUUUACGCAGGAGGAGCUGAAAAUUGGCAAUUGCGACCGUCGCAAUAUUGUGCCUCUUUUGCAGGAUUAUCAACCAGGCCCUGAAGUUUCCCGUCAAAUCGCGAAGAAACCAGGUCCACAGGCCCCCGCCAACAGCGGGGCAAAUGCAACCAAACCUGCACCACCCAGGCCUCUAAAAUGCACAUGGGCCAAUUUUAUCUUCGAUGCCGCCUCACUCAGCGCCCUGAAGGCACAGGCAGCAGAAACAGUCACAUCCGGAUUCAUUUCCACUGACGACGCUAUAACGGCGCUUAUCUGGCAAUGCAUCACCCGAGCCCGGUCAUCGCGUUUGGAGGGUCGCCCCGUAACCGAGGCGACGCUCGGACGCUCUGUCAACGUACGCAGCUAUCUCGAUAUCCCAGAGACGUAUCCCGGAUUUAUUCAGAACAUGACAUACCGCACCCUCAAGCUGCAAGAAGUCGCCGACGGCCCGCUCGGUGCCGUCGCGUCAUAUCUACGCGCAGGCUUAGAUCGCGAGAGCAUCAAAUAUCAGACCCGAUCCGCAGCCACGCUGCUUGAUAGCACACCGAAUAAACGGACUAUCAACCCUGUGGGCUCGCUAGACCUUACGGUGGAUAUUAUUGUCUCUUCGUGGGUUAAAACGGGAUGCUAUGGACUUGACUUCGGUUUAGGGCUAGGAAAGCCCGAAUCAGUUCGACGACCACGGCUCAUGCCGCUUGCUCUUGACAGUCUAGUGUAUUUGCUUCCAAAGGCACCUAGUGGGGAGAUUGUAAUUGCGAUAUGUCUGCGGGACGAAGAUAUGACCAAGUUGAAGGCAGAUGAAACAUUUGCCAAGUAUGGUCGCUUUGGCGGUUGAGUCUCGAGAUAAGGGGUUCUUAUGUACUAUAGUUAGCAUCUAGUCCAAGGCGACUUUCCAGAAAAUUAGACCACACAUACCAAUUCGAGAAUUCUACUUAUCAUUUAAUACUUG